CUGGUGUGACGAUGUAUGUAAUAAUAUAUGGCUGCCUGCUGAUGAACAUAUAUAUAGUACGUAUGUAGUUCAAAGAGCAUAUAUAGGAAGCAAGGCUGCAAGAAAGGACACCUGAAAAAAAUGAGAACGGUCUCUUCCAGGCGAGUGUUUGCAAGAGGAUUUCUCACUGGAUGUUUGGCUCUGCUUACUAUACGUACGACCUUGUUUUACGGAGAGCGUUCUGACGAGAAAGGACCACCGAAAAUAUUUUUUUCUCCGACAAGUGGUCUUGGAAAUAGUAUACUAGCGCUCGUCAGCACAGCCCAGCUUGCGAGGUCGAUCAACGCACCGUUUGCCAUUUCGUGGGACACGGACACCUCGCCCUCAUGCCAAGCUUCAUAUGAUGACAUAUUCCAGAGAGCGCACAGCAGCGUAGGUGACCUUGAGGAUUGUAAGCGAAAGUGCAAACUGGACCUAACGCAAAGCGGUGCAAGGAGCUGUUGGAAAGUCCUUACGUGUGAAGAAAGGAUUAAAAUUGCGCAGCUCUUCGCAUCCUGCGACUGUGUGCACGUGUCAAGUAAUCAGUUUUUUUUGCCGAUCUUCAGUUCACACGUUGUCAAUGAUCUCUCCUCGUUGGCAAAACAAUAUCUUAAACCUUCCAAAAGGUUGGAACAUAGGCUGUACCGAUCCCAGGAAUAUUGGAAGAAGGAGUUCGGUGUCACGCAUGUGAUUGGGAUUCACGUGAGAGCCGCUCACUCCAACAGUGGUUCUCGUGAUGGCAAAUGGAUUCCGAAGAAGCGAACUUUUGAGCGCGUGUUUUGGCCGUGCUUACAAAAAGUUGUCAGGGAAGUGUAUGCGCGUUCUGAAACGAUAGGCGUUUUUGUCGCUGCCGACAUGCCAGAAGUACGGAUUGAAGCAACGGAAUUGUUGAGCACCGAUGAACGAGUCGUCGAGCUGCCGACACCUUUGAAAACCCUACCCAACGACACAGGGUUGGGGCCACAAAGAAGCAGUGUUGAAGUUCAGGACGCCGCACUCGAGCUGUUUUUACUACUGAACAGCGAUUCACUUUUAGUCAAACGAGGAAUGCAUUUCGACAGUACUUUUUCUGCUUCUGCAAUGGCUCUUACGAGGUGUGGUUCUGCAACGUCUUGCUAUUAUGUUGACCAAGAAAAGUGCGAAUUAGUCACUGGGCAGGUGACUCCUGACUUUCAUUUGCAAGGAAAGAUCAGCUGCGGGAUUGGUGUUGGGGAAGAGGAGGAAGAAUGCGACUUGCUUCCUGUAAAAGCAAGACUAUGAUGAGAAUAUAUUACCUUCGUACCUUAAGGUAAUAAUAAUUACGAAGGUAUUAGAUAUCGAUAUUCGGCUAGCCGAUCUUUAUUUACACGACCCCAGCCAGCCAACUUAUUACAAACAUGUAACAAUCACCUGGUAUCGCUUG